UGUGUGUGUGUGCGUGUGUGUGUGCGUGCGUGUGUGUGUGUGAGCGUGUGUGUGUGUGUGUGUGUGUGCGUGUGUGUGUGUGUGUGAGUGUGUGUGUGAGCGUGUGUGUGUGUGUCAGGGAGCUUUAUAAAAAGGUCUGGAGGUCGAGCCUGAAGUCAGUUUAGCGUCUGAUCCUUGGAGGAGCUGCCGUCACCAACAAGGACAACACGAUGCAGACGAUGUCCCACAGGUCUGUGCGGUGGCUCGCCGCCAUGCUGCUCGUCGCCCUCGCAGCAGGACAGUGCCAACAGAACGAGAGCCGCCGAGCUGUGAGCGAGCACCAGCUGAUGCACGACCGCGGCCGCAACAUCCAGAGCCUCAAGAGACUCAUCUGGCUGUCCAGCGCCAUGGAGGGUCUCCACACGGCCCAGGCCCGCUCCGCCGCGUUCAACCCCACAAAGGUGCUGGAGCAGGACCUGGAUCCGGCGCCGGCCCCUGCGGCUCGGGGCCCCCAACCCGCCCGGGUGCCGAGCCUCCUGAGAGACUUCUUUAAUCCGUACAUCACUCAGCUGCCAGACAGGGAGUCCUAACGCCACACUGAUGCGCAGACAUGAAGCUACACUGUCCACAGACAUGAAGAGAAAUAUCAUUUCAACACGGAAACGGCUAAAGUGCAACAACAAAAAGUAGUCUGCAGCACCAAGACACCCAUCCAGCUGCAGACGAAUCCAGAAGGCUGCGAGUCACAAUCAUUUUUCAUCAUCGAUUAAUCUGUAGGUUAUUAAUCGAUCAGUGGUUUGGUUCAUAAAAUGUCAUAAAAGUUGCCAAAAAAAAUGUCGCUCGUGUUUCCCAAACACUCCAACAUGAUGUUUUGCUUUUGUCCACAAACCAAAGAUAUUUGUUUUACUGUCGC